AUGGAAAAUUGUGAAAAUCUCGCUAAAAGUGUUAUUGAGACACAAUCUCCAGGAUCAUCUACUGUUUUGGUUGCACGUUUUGGUUGCAUAUGCCCAAUUUGGUCUCCGGUUGCUAUUAUAACUGAUCAAGACAAAGCUAUGGGAAAAUCAAUUGCUAAGAUAUUUCCAGGAGCUCGACAUCGUUUUUGUGCAUGGCACCUGAAGAAACAUGUUAUGGAGCAUAGUCAAGCACUUCGCGCACAAUUUAAAGAUAGUUUUGAUGUUGACUUCCGUGAGUGGUAUAAAAGUCAAAACAUCGAUGAGUUUGAAGGCAAGUGGGAAGCAUUAAAGAAUAAAUAUGAUAUUAGAGCAGGUAGUUGGUUGGCUAACAUGUAUACUUCACGUCAUCAUUGGGCAAAGGCAUACUUGAAAGAUACAUUUUUUGCCGGAAUGACCACAAGUGGUCGAAGUGAGAGCAUGAAUUCUUUUUUUGAUGGAUAUGUCAACUCUAACACAAUGUUAAAUGACUUUGUCAUCCAAUAUGACAAAGCAAUCAAGUCUAGGAGGGAUGCAGAAGAAGAUGAAGAUUUCAAAACAAUAAAUACGAAGGCAAUUUUGGAGACUGCUCACCCAAUCGAAGCAACAGCCGGAGAGCGCUACACAAGAAAAAUGUUUGAGAUCUUCAAAAAGGAGUGGAAGGUUGCCAUUGGUGAUUAUUUUCAUGAAAAGAUUUCAACAGACAAUAAAUGUACCAAGUACCGGGUUUGA